UAUAGUAAACUUACGUUCAUACAAAGUGCAAAUUUAAUCUUACUUAGUGUUUUACAAUGUGGAUUUUAGUGUUUUUUAGUGUUGUGUUCGCGUAUUUUUUCUAUAAAUCAUGUAUUAAGCCUUUAAGUUAUUGGAAAAAUUUAGGUAUUCCACAUGAAAAAGCUGUACCGAUUUUUGGUAAUUUUUUCGAUUCGAUUUUGGGUAGAAAGCAUACAAGUGAUAUUUUAAGUGAUAUUCAUAAGAAACAUAAAAAUGAUAGAUAUGUGGGUUUGAUUCAAUUUAACAAACCAAUGUUGAUGUUAAAUGACAUUGAACUGAUCAAACAAAUUACCAUCAAAGAUUUUGAUCACUUCGUGGAUAGAAUGGAAUUUGAGGAUCCUGAUCCGUUUAUGAGGAAAAACCUCUUGGCCAUGAAAGGCAACAUUUGGAAGGAAAUGCGGGCAACCCUAAGUCCAAUUUUCACCAGUGCCAAAAUUAAACACAUGUCUCAGCUUAUGAUGGAAUGUGCAAAAAACCUUCAGCAAAAUAUUCCUGUAGGAUCUAAUAUUCAGGAGGUUCUAAUCAAAGACGUAUUUUCAAAAUAUUCAAAUGAUAUUAUUGCUUCGGUUGCUUUUGGUAUACAGUGCAAUUCAUCUACAGAUGCUGGAAUAAAUGAAUUUUAUGGCAAUGCUAAGAAGUUCGCCACGUUUAGCGCAAGUCAGAAUUUAAAGGCCAUAUUUUUAAUUACAUUUCCCUACUUUGCAAAGGUUUUCAAUAUUUCCAUGUUUGAUAAAGGAAUUGUUAAUUACUUUAGAAAUAUAAUUUGUGAUACAAUGGCGUAUAGGGAAAAAGAAAAUAUAGUUCGUCCUGAUUUAAUUAAUCUGUUAAUGGAGGCUAAAAAAGGACAAUUAAUAAACGAUUCGACCAAAGAUAAAGAUGCAGGCUUUGCUGCAGUAAACGAAUCAGACAUUUUAGAUUCGGAAAAACUUGGAAAAAAAGAGUGGACCAACGAGGAAAUAACUGCACAGUCGUUACUAUUCUUUUUCGCUGGCUUUGAGACUAUUUCCAUUGUUUCUUCGUUUAUAGCCUAUGAAUUGGCCAUCAAUCCAAAUAUACAAGAUACAUUGCAAAGUGAAAUUGAUAGUGUUUUAGAAAAAACUAAUGGUGAUGUAAAAUACGAUGAUAUCGUGAAAAUGAAAUAUUUGGAUCAAGUUCUUGCUGAAACUUUAAGAAAGUGGAGUGCAGCCUUCCAAACUGAUAGGAUAUGUACCAGGGAAUAUACCAUAAAAUCAAUACAACCAGGAGAAAAGGAAGUAACUUUAAAACCUGGAGAUAUAAUUUUAAUACCUAUAAGCGCCAUACAUUACGAUCCAGAAUAUUUUCCAGAACCGGAAAGAUUUGACCCAGAACGAUUCGGUGAUGAGAAUAAGCAAACAAUUGUUUCGGGUAGUUACUUCCCUUUUGGAACUGGACCCAGAAAUUGCAUAGGUUCCAGAUUUGCGUUGCUGGAAGUUAAAAUUUUAUUUUUCUUCCUUUUAUCGAAUUUAAGCGUGGUACCAACAUCAAAAACCCAAAUUCCUUACAAAGUAAAUCCAAGGUUUUUCAACUUUUCACCAACUGAUAUGCGUUUGGGCUUUAAACAACGGAAUGUUACAAAUUUAUAAUCUUUGAUAAUUU